AUGAGUCGUUUCUCCAGCUCCUUUUCCCUCCGCAGAUUCCAAGUGCUCGCCAUAUUCUUCGGGAUUCUCCUCGUUUCGGGGAUCUUGUCCCUCUCGCUCGUGUUCCUCUCUCACGAUCCUCACGGCCCAGAACGCGUGCCACCAAAGAGCAACUGCGCAAGGGAUUUGACCUCUGGUGAUCUGACAUGGAAGUGUAAGGCCUGGAAGAAUGGAAAAAAGUAUGUAACCCUAUGGGAAGAGGAAGAGUGUCGAGAGUACGACGUGAGAUUCGCGGAAGAAGGAUGUUUUCCUCCCACGCCGUUCAUCUCGUUUCCAGGGUCAGGGAAUACUUGGCUCAGGUACUUGAUCGAGGCAACCACAGGAAUCUUCACUGGAAGUGUCUAUUGCGAUGAAGACCUCUACCAACUGGGCUUCCUGGGGGAAGGAGUGGAAGAAUGGAGCGGACAAACAAUUUUGCAGAAGACUCAUGAAGAGGGAGACGUGGAGAUGUUCGAAGGGAGAGCGCUGAUGCUGAUUCGGAACCCAUUCCGAGCCUACUUGUCUUUUUACUCUUUCAUGACGGCCAGAGGAAGCAGACACACACAAGAUGUCCCGCUUCCCACACCGAACGACACACAGUGGCAGAGAAAAUUCAGCGAAUGGCAAGGCAGUUGGCGAUCGAAAGCAGAGACAUGGAUUGAGAACUUCGACGGGAAAGUCAUGCUCGUUUUCUACGAGAACUUACUUCUGGAUUGGAGGAAAGAACUCGGCAAAAUACUGGCUUUUCUAGGCAUGAGAGCGGAUCGCGGGCGACUGGAAUGCCUGGGACGGCAUUUGGAGGGGAAGGCCCUCCGGAAAAGAUUCUCCCGAACAUCAUAUAUGGCCUCUUAUUCCGAAUCCAUGACAUCCCAAGUUCUGGACGAGAUCCUAGAACUUAAGGGCUUCCUCUUCGGCUUUGGAUUCCCCACGCAGGCCUUGGACUCGUAUUUAAACUAUUCUCGUUGCAAGGGGGAAUGA